CCUGUCACUUUCCCCCGCUGGGAGCCAUGGCUGCAGAGAGCCCUGUACAGAGUCUCCAGGAUGAAGCUUCAUGUUCUAUCUGUCUGGAGUAUUUCAAAGACCCGGUGUCUAUCCACUGCGGGCACAACUUCUGCCGGGCCUGCAUCACUGACUACUGGGAAGAGUCAGAUAUCAACUUCUCCUGCCCUCAGUGCAGAGAAACCGCCCAGCAGAGAAACUUCAGACCCAACAGGGAGCUGGCAAAAAUUAUCGAAAUAGCCAAGCGGCUGAGUUUACAGGCAGCCAAAGGCUCAGGAGGUGAGCGAGUGUGUGAGAAGCACCAGGAGACCCUGAAACUGUUCUGCGAGGAGGAUCAAGCCCCCAUCUGUGUGAUCUGCCGAGAGUCCCAGGCUCACAGAUCUCACACCGUGGUUCCCAUAGAGGAGGCUGCCCAGGAGUACAAGGAAAAAAUCCAGAUCCAAUUACAGAUUCUGAAGGAAGAGAGAGAAAAGCUGAUGGGAUUGAAACUGACCAAAGAGGCAAGAAUCUGGGAGCAUCUGGAGCAGGUAGAAACAGAGAGGCUGAAGAUUCUGUCUGAAUUUGAGCAGCUGCGGCAGUUCCUGGAGGAACAAGAGCAACUCCUGCUGGCCCGAUUGGAAGAGCUGGACAAGGAGAUUGAGAAGAGAAGGGAUGAGAACAUUGCCAAACUCUCGGAGGAGAUUUCCCGUGUAAAUGACAUGAUCAGCGAGCUAGAGAGGAAGUGCCAGCAGCCAGCGAGUGAAUUCCUGCAGGAUGUCCAAAGCACCUUGAGCAGGUGUGAGCUGGGGAAGGUCCCGCAACUGGAGGAGGUUUCUCCUGAGCCAGAGAAAACCCCCAGCAGCAUCUCUCAUAAAACUAUUGCUCUAAAGGAGACUCUGAGGAAAUUCCAAGCGGAUGUGACUCUGGAUCCAGACACGGCUCACCCCCGCCUCGUCCUGUCUGAGGAUGGGAAAAGUGUGAGAUGGGAAGACACGCGCCAGCACGUGCCCGACAAUCCCAAGAGAUUUGAUUCUUCUCGCUGCGUGCUGGGCCUGGAGGGCUUCUCCUCGGGGAGGCAUUACUGGGAGGUGGAGGUGGAGGAUGGGGGAGCCUGGGCUGUAGGGGUGGCUAGAGAGUCUGUGAGGAGGAAGGGACGGGUCAAUGUUAACCCGGAGGAGGGCAUCUGGGCCGUGGGUCAAUGUGGGACUCAGUACCUGGCUCUCACCUCCCCCAAGAUCCCCCUCUCCCUUGCUGAACGGCCCAGGACCAUCGGGAUUUAUCUGGACUGCGAAGAGGGGCGGGUGGCAUUUUUUGAUGCCGAUAACGAGGCCCCGAUCUUCACUUUCCCACCGGCCUCUGUCCCUGGAGAAAAAAUCCUCCCUUUACUGUGUCUGGGGAGAGGAUCCCAGUUCAGACUGUGUCCCUGCAUCACAGGGUAUAAUAUAGAGCCUUAGAACUCUAUAUUAUAUCAAGUACUUGGUCCUGCUAGUGAAGGCAGGGGGCUGGACUCAAUGACCUUUCAAGGUCCCUUCCAGUUCUAGGAGAUAGGAUAUCUCCAUUAAUUUAAUUUAAAAAGAAAUACACAUGGUUAGCCUCACACGGCCCAGUUUGUCCUGGAGGCCAAAGUGUAUUUGUUCAUGUCAAACCCAAGAGAAGGGGGAAAAGGUAUCAACCUGUCUGUGUGUCCCAACACUGAUUCUGCAGGAUUCUAGCAGUUUGCAGGGACAUAGACUGGGAUGGAGGCAACUGGAACCAGAAAUGGGGCAUUGGAGAAGGGUAAUUGGGGUAGGGGGGAACGGGGAGGAGGUGGAUACUGAAGAAAUGAACCUGAAAGGGUGGGAGCCAAUUAAUAAUCUCCAGCUUUGAAUGGGGUUUUACGGAUGCAUUUUUUAAAAAAGCAAAUGGAUUCUACAUUCUUAUGAUCCAUGGAAUAAUUGUAUUAAAGUGAAUUUAAAGGACCCAAAAGGGUCCUUUUGUCUCU